AUGCCAAGUAUCGGUUCCCAAGUGAGGAAAGCUGCUUCUAGCAUUGAUCCUAUUGUCACUGACUAUGCGGUAGGCUAUUUCAACCACUUAUCCGGCAUAACCUUCGAUGCCGUUCAGAGCAAACAAGUAGAUCUGCCCGCUGAAGUGAAAUUCGUCUCCGAUUUGCUGGUGGAUGCAGGUGCCGCAAGGGACAAAGUUAACGAACUGGCCGAAAAUAUUCUGAAGCAAUUGGGUACUCAACUAAAGGAAAAUGAGGCCAAAUUGGAACUGACCGGUGACACAUCCAAGAGAUUACUAGAUAUCAAUGUCUUGAGGAGCCACAACAGCAAGUCCGACCUCAACGUCUCUUUGAACAUGUUGGGUGUGAACGGUGACAUCGAACAUGCUGGUAGAAAUAUGGAAACAAGGGUCGAUUUGAAAAAAUUGGCCAAGGCUGAACAGAAGAUCGCCAAGAAAGUCGCCAAGAGGAAUAACAAAUUCGUCCAAUACGAGGCUUCUAAAUUGAUCGAUGACCAAAAGGACGAGGAUUACGACUCUUUCUUUUUGCAAAUCAACCCGUUGGAGUUCGGCUCAUCCGCUGGUAAAUCCAAAGAUAUUUUCAUCGACACGUUCGACUUGUAUGUCGGUGACGGCCAAAGAAUUCUUUCCAACGCUCAGUUGACCCUGAGUUUCGGUCGCAGAUAUGGUCUUGUGGGUCAAAAUGGUAUCGGUAAAUCUACUUUAUUGAGGGCCCUUUCCAGGAGGGAACUAAACGUCCCCAAACACGUUUCCAUUCUGCAUGUGGAACAAGAAUUAAGAGGUGAUGGUACAAAGGCAUUACAAAGUGUCCUGGAUGCAGAUGUUUGGAGAAAGCAACUGUUGAGCGAAGAAGCCAAGAUCAAUGAAAGAUUAAAGGAUAUGGAUGCCUUGAGAAACGAAUUUGAGGAAGACAGUUUGGAAGUUAAAAAAUUGGACAACGAAAGAGAAGAUUUAGACAACCAUUUGGUACAAAUUUCUGAAAAAUUGGUCGAUAUGGAAUCCGAUAAAGCUGAAGCUAGAGCAGCAUCAAUCCUUUACGGGUUGGGGUUCAGUACCGAGGCACAACAACAACCUACCAAUUCCUUCUCCGGUGGUUGGAGGAUGAGAUUGUCUCUGGCAAGAGCGUUGUUCUGUCAACCAGAUCUGUUGCUAUUAGAUGAACCUUCCAAUAUGUUGGAUGUCCCAUCCAUCGCUUAUUUGGCAGAAUAUCUGAAGACAUAUCCAAAUACCGUCUUGACAGUUUCUCACGAUCGUGCAUUUUUGAACGAAGUGGCUACAGAUAUCAUAUAUCAGCACAACGAAAGAUUGGACUACUACAGAGGCCAAGAUUUUGAUUCCUUUUACACCACAAAGGAGGAACGUAGAAAGAAUGCUCAACGUGAAUACGAUAACCAAAUGGUUUACAGAAAGCAUUUACAAGAGUUUAUUGACAAGUAUAGAUACAACGCUGCCAAAUCGCAAGAGGCUCAAUCAAGAAUCAAGAAAUUGGAAAAGUUGCCAGUCUUGGAACCACCGGAACAAGACAAAACCGUUGAUUUCAAAUUUCCUGAUUGUGAUAAGUUAUCUCCACCAAUUAUUCAACUGCAAGAUGUCUUCUUUGGCUAUGACGAAAAAAAUCUAUUAUUAGAGGACGUGAACUUGGAUGUUCAAAUGGAUUCCAGAAUCGCCCUUGUGGGUGCCAAUGGUUGUGGUAAGACUACAUUGCUAAAGAUUAUGAUGGAGCAAUUAAGACCGCUCAAGGGUUUCGUAUCGAGAAACCCAAGAUUGCGUAUCGGUUACUUUACCCAGCACCAUGUGGAUUCUAUGGACUUGACCACUUCUGCAGUGGACUGGAUGUCCAGAUCUUUCCCAGGUAAGACUGACGAAGAGUAUAGACGUCAUUUAGGUUCAUUUGGGAUAACGGGUACUUUGGGUCUACAAAAAAUGCAACUAUUGUCAGGUGGUCAAAAGUCUCGUGUGGCAUUCGCCGCUUUGUGUCUAAAUAACCCACAUAUUUUGGUCCUAGAUGAACCUUCUAAUCAUUUGGAUACCACUGGUCUAGACGCCUUGGUGGACGCUUUGAAGAACUUCAACGGUGGUGUUUUGAUGGUUUCUCAUGAUAUCUCUGUUAUCGACUCUGUUUGCAAGGAGAUUUGGGUCUCAGAACAAGGUACUGUCAAGAGGUUCGAAGGUACCAUUUACGACUAUAGAGAUUACAUCUUGCAAUCUGCUGAUGCUGCUGGUGUCGUUAAAAAACACUAG